AUGCCUCGCAGGCCCGUCAAGGGCGCCCGCGCCAGGGGCCUCGCCUCUCCCACCCCUAUAUCGUCUACCCUGACUACCCCGAUCAGUUCUGCCUUCACUUCCGCCUAUACCACCGAAGCCGAGUUCGACCCCGACGACCCAAACAAUCUUGCCAUCGGUGCCCUGACCCUCGACGUCCCCAUCGCGAACAGGAAACCGAAGAAGGAGGUGUUGAAGCCGUUUCCCUUCAUGGACCUUCCGUCAGAGCUGCGGAUAAAGAUAUAUGCCUUCCACUUCGCAGACAUCGGCCCGGUGGUGGACCUCGAGCCGGGCAACUACUUCACCAUCCACAAGAAGCUGUCCAUCCUGCGCGUCUGCCGCCAGUUCUACCGAGAGGCUAGCCACCUCUUUUAUAGUUCCAAGACCUUCCGUGUCUUUCCCAUCGACGGUAGAUAUUCCAGGAAGAAGCUGGGGUUGCUCGCCCGCCUCAAGCCUCAGUCCCGCGCCCACCUGACGUCCCUGGAGUUGCGCCUGGGGCCAGGCUUCAACAAGCCCUACCGGAGCUGGGCCGUCAACGACCUGCUCGGCCUGAAGGAUUGUGGGAACGUCAGGCGCCUCUCGGUGUACGUGGAGAUCGACCCCAGCGACGGCAUCUUCAACGGAUGGCGCAGGUCCACCGGGUUCUACGAGGCCUUCUCGCAGGGCUUGCUGGACGGCCUGCUGCAAGGCCUGCCCAGUGUCGAGUCGGUACAGUUCGACGCCAACCCCGCGGUUAAGAGGGCGGGCGACAUGAUGCAGGGUCUGCUGGAGGUGGUCGCUACCAGUGACCGGGAUGUCACCUGGGGCCCGGAGAGAGGCUGGACCGACAACGAGGAGGACGAGAUCGACAACGAGCCACCCAUGGGACCGACUGCCGCGAUCGACUGGAGUCUCCCUCCGCACGCUGUUAUGGCCGCUUUGGCAAAGGAGGUUCUUGCAUAA